AUGCUCAUCAACAAGAUGAAGGUUGCCGCCUUGUUGCCGCUGUUGGCCUGUGCCACUCUAUGCUGGGGGCAAUCAAAGAAAGAAAUUUCAAAUAUUUUGCUACAAGACAAAUAUGUGAUUCGCUUUCAGAACAGAACAGUUCCCAGGACAGAAGCUUUGCAGUGGCUUGGCGAACUCCCAGGAACACCGGCUUUGACAUCGCCUGACUACGCUGACUGGGACGGUGAGGCCAAGUUUAAUGUAUAUCGGAUUACUGAAGCAGAGACAUAUUUAUGCCGUGUACCUCUCUUCGAUAACACGUUUGUUAGCAAGGCCCCUGACGACAGGCGCAUGCUAUCGAGCAGUGAGACAGACAGAAUAUUGUCACGCGGACUCGAGCUUCUUAAGAACCUUACCGACAGGCCAUUGAAUAUUGAAUUCGGAUAUUUCUCGCAUGUUCUUCGAUACCAGAAGUAUAUUCUCCAGUUCCCACGUAACGAUUGGAAUGAUAACAAUGUGGUGGCCAAAGUCGAAGGGAGAGAGCAACUACCGGAGGGAUAUUACCUGCUAGGCAUGUGGAAUAGUGAUGUCAGAGUCAACUCGCAGAUUGCGCCCUACUAUGAUGUUCCCUCUGCUGAUCUCGAGGAAGAAAUCAUGGCACCCAGGACCGAUGAUGCUCUCUACAUACAACAGGUGUGGCAAAACGGCACAAUUUGCGACUUGAAUGGCCUUCCUCGAAUGACAACUGUUAAAGUACACAAUGAAAAGGAACGGGAAGAGUAUCUGAACAAGGUCGAUGAGCACCACGGUGUGAAGCACAAUGGCGAUAAGCAAGUUGUCGAUACGACCUUGCAGUUCGUGGACAAGAUGGCAGCGAAAGAGGGUGAUGCAAAAGAAGUUCACGUGUCUCUUUUGAACAGUGACGGACAAUUGUCGACGGACCUUGAGAAGGUCCUAGACUCAUUUCUCCAUUCUCGCAAGCAUACCAUAUACCCUGUCUCAAAUCAAAAUGCAGCGAAGCAAGCGGAAGAAAACAAGGUCAACGAAGAGUCUCCUACGACAUUGGCUGAAGCGUCCCAAUCUACAGAAGCAUCGGCAGAGCCGCUCGACGACCGCUUGCAAGACUUGUAG